UUAGUCACACUGCUGCAGAUGUGGGUUGUUCCUCUUUAUUUUACCGUCAGACUUUACUCAUAGAGAUCCCUGUCCAUGUGAGAAAUGCUCUCAGUUAUUACCAGUUACAUCACUUUCAGAGCAAUCCACAAAACUCUCUUGGGAAGAACACCACAGUUGGUCUACAAAUGGUUCCUCCUGAUCUAUAAACUAAGUUAUGCAAUUGGAAUUGUGGGUUAUCUAGCCAUAAUGUUUACCAUGUUUGCAUUUAAUUUAUUCUUUAGUCUGACAAGUCCACGGAUUUUACUGUGACUUUUUUUUUUUUUUUAUGGACUGUACUAUAGAGUGAUAGGAAGAGACAUCGCCAAGCUUUGUUCUGACUAUAUGGCUCCCACCAUUGGUUUUUACAACAUCAGUGGCAUACCAACAAGAAAUUUGUCCAAUGACAACUGUGCAGUCUGCGGGCAGAAUUUUGUGGACAUAAAUGAAGAAGGGAUCAUUGAAAAUACCUACCAGCUGUCCCGUAAUCAUGUGUUUCAUGAAUCCUGCAUCUGUGGUUGGUGCAUUGUUGGCAAGAACCAGACUUGCCCAUACUGCCCUGAGAAAGUUGAUUUGAAGACAA